AUGCGCAACUUUCUGCACACGCCCACGCGUUUGCUGAACGACCCUCUCACUCGCGUGAGCAAUUUGGAGCGAGUCUGCACUGAAGCGAAGCUGGACAUGGCCAAGCAGAUCAUUUUGCAGGAGACCGGAGGCAUCAACCCAUGGACAACGCCCCACAUCACCUGCCAGCAGAUUGAUCUAGGACGCGACGGAUUCGGUAUGACCACGGUUGCGGUCUACGCGAUGGAGACACGGAACGCAUGCAAGACCUUCAAGGCCGCGUGCAGGGCGAUCAUGCAUUGCGGAGCGGUGUGGCCCAACUAUACGCUCGUGAACUCCUCGAUGAAGGCCGUUGAUUUGCCCCCGACGAAGCUCAGCAUAUUCAGUUCAAUGCUGCACGGCAUCGCC